AUGGCGGAGGCGGGGCUAGGGGCGGACUCUUCGUCCUCGCUCGCGUCAGUCCAGAGCACGGGGCGGGGCUGGAGGACUGGGAGCCCCAGCACGUCCUGCCCCACCGGAAGUGAAGCCCCUGCCCGGAUGGCCGCAGUAGUUCUAGGGGGAGACACCAUGGGCCCUGAGCGUAUCUUCCCCAAUCAGACUGAAGAACUGGGGCCACAUCAGGGCCCUACAGAAGGCACUGGGGAUUGGAGCAGUGAGGAGCCUGAAGAAGAGCAGGAGGAAACAGGGGCAGGCCCGGCUGGCUACUCCUACCAGCCCCUAAACCAAGAUCCUGAACAAGAGGAGGUGGAGCUCGCACCAGUGGGGGAUGGAGAAGAUGUAGUUGCUGACAUCCAGGAUCGGAUCCAGGCCCUGGGGCUUCAUUUGCCAGACCCACCAUUAGAGAGUGAGGAUGAAGAUGAGGAGGGAGCUACUGCAUUGAGCAGCCACAGUUCUAUUCCCAUGGACCCAGAACAUGUAGAGCUGGUGAAAAGAACAAUGGCUGGAGUAAGCCUUCCUGCACCAGGAGUUCCUGCCUGGGCUCGGGAGAUAUCAGAUGCCCAGUGGGAAGAUGUGGUACAGAAAGCCCUUCAAGCCCGGCAGGCAUCUCCUGCUUGGAAGUGACCAUAGUAAGAACUGCCUCAUCUUUCUACAUUCCAGGCCAGAACUAGCACAGGACUGAAUACAUCCUCUGGUUGUAAUAUCUUACCCAUCACCCUUUCACAUCAAAGUAAAUCAGACUUCUGCUCAGAGACCCACUUUAUUCAGUUCUGUACAUAUGGGGACAUUGGCCCAAGCCCAACCCACCUUAACAUGUAUCAUUCUGUGGAGAAUAAAGCACCCUAUGUACACA